CUUUUUUUCUCUCCCCAUCCCAUCUCUCUUUCUCUUCCACCACAAGGACAUUAAUAUCUUGGUCUUUUCGUCAAAGAUACAACAUUGUCUUUUUCUCAAACUCUUGACUCUAACAUUUUCCCAUCGACUCGACUCCUUCAGCAGCUUUCUUCUGAAGCGAUCCCUGGCCGAACCGCUUCUAGACGACCCCUCGUCUCCAUAUCAAAGUUCCUUACCCCGGGAAAUCUUUGACCGCCUCCGAAGACCCAACCCAGCCUCGCGUUGCGCUGCGCAAGAUUUGAACUCUGCCGAUCUCGCGUGACAUCCAAAACAACAUACAGAUUUUUGCGUGUACCGAAUCGCGCCUCUCACCAACACAAUCCGAGCUGAAUCGCGACAUCGAAAGGAAUCGCUCUAUUGCCGAAGGAACCUGUUUUGACCCGCCCUCACCAAUCGAUCGGCCGAGCUCUUGUGCCCCUCCCCGCACCGUCGACAAUUUGGAGCUUUGCUCUCCCCCUCCCUCGUCAAAACUCGAAUAAACAACAAAAACCACAGAAAAAAUGCCUUUCGACAUCGACACCACCCGCCGGAAUAAGGCGCCUCGGCCUCUCUCAGACUCGGAACGCGCCCGCGUGGAAGAGUUUAUUGACUCAAUCCACUACUCGGCGAGAUACUCCGACAGCGAAUACGAGUACCGUCACGUCCAGCUCCCCAAAGCCAUGCUCAAGGCUAUCCCUAAAGAUUAUCACGACUCUUCAAAGGGAACCCUCAAGCUCUUGUGGGAGGAGGAAUGGCGAGCUCUUGGCAUUACUCAGAGUCUAGGAUGGGAACACUACGAAGUCCACGAGCCAGAACCACACAUUCUCCUGUUCAAGCGACCGCUCAACUUCCAACCACCUCAGUAAUCGACUAGAUCCCCACGACUCAGAUUUUCCCCCUUAAUGUAUCAUACAUAUUUAUGCACGGAGCCCUCGGUGCCACACUCGGAUCCUAGACGCAAGUUCGCAUGGUCACGAUUGUUCGGUCUGUUGAGAUAUAAAGAGAAAGCAAACAAAGAGACUUUUAUGGUUCAACACGCUCGCAAACGUCCCAUACAGUGUUUUGGCCUUGCCUUUUCCACACAGCUACCCCGAGAUGUCAAAGGAGGUCUCUUACCAGUCUCUUGGGUCCAUGUAUGACGUACAGACGGUUGUUUGGGCGACAGGGCGAGUGAUGGAUCGAGUCGACAAGUUGGAUCCGCCCAUGCAUGUGCAUGUCCCAACAACCAAGACAUGGGGUACAUUAUAAUAUGGAGUUUGGAUCUGGAACGAUCCGGGAAACGCGCCGCGUCGGUGUUUGGUUUGGUUGGGCAUUUCAACCUUUUUAUUUUUAUUUAUCCAACAUGUUUGUUUCAAUGUCUCUGAUUUGGAGGCGACUGGGAUUUUCUUCUAUCGGGACAAAAGAUGAUGAGUACAUCGCAUCUUGGCGCGGAUGAAAAGGAAGAUGUGCUCAGUGAUACCCUUUUACGAGGAAGAGCAGGGCUUAAUUAAGCAAGCAGAUAGAUGCAGGCAAGAAUAAAUGAUGAAGAUUAGAAACCGACUGAUUUAGGAU